GUAAACAUGGCGUCUACCUACAAACUGCGGUGUAAUAUUGUUGGACAUCAGAAGGAUGUCCGGGCAGUUGCCUCAACAAUCUUCCCAGAAGGAGGAAUUGUGUCUGGAUCAAGAGAUGUCACAUCUAGAAUAUGGGUUCCGAAUGAACACAAUCCCAGUUUUACAGAAGGUCAUGUGAUGAGUGGCCACAGCAACUUCGUGGCCAGUGUGUGUGUGGUCCCCCCAGAUGACACUUACCCCAAUGGUCUAAUUGUCACCGGCAGCAAUGACAAUACCAUCCUGGCAUUCACACUGGAGUCACCACAACCGAUCUUCAAGCUUACUGGCCAUACAGGCACUGUGUGUGCUGUUGCCUCAGGAAAGUUUGGCUUCCUUCUCAGCGGUUCCUGGGACAAAACUGCCAAAGUCUGGCUCAAGCAGAAAUGUGUGAUGACUCUAGAAGGCCACGAGGCAGCAGUGUGGGCAGUGGCGGUUAUUUCGGAACAUGGUAUGAUGCUGACUGGCUCUGCGGACAAGUCCAUUAAACUCUGGAAGGCAGGGAAAUGUGAAAACACUUUCCAUGGUCAUGAAGACUGUGUUCGAGGUUUAACUGUUAUGAACGGUGGUGAAUUUCUGUCCUGCUCUAAUGAUGCAACAGUCAAGCGAUGGCUGCUGACUGGCGACUGUGUCUGCACCUACUACGGCCAUGCCAACUAUGUGUACAGUGUUGCUCUGUUUCCCAACGGCCAGGACUUUGUGACCAGUAGCGAGGACCGCACAGUGAAGGUGUGGCGGGGCCCAGAGAGUGCCCAGACCAUUCCUCACCCUACACAGUCUGUGUGGACAGUGUGCACGCUACCCAAUGGGGACAUUGUCACAGGAGCAAGUGAUGGAAUCAUACGAGUGUUCACAUCAGCACCAGAGCGAAUGGCAUCAGCUGAGGAACUGCAAGCUUAUGAGGAGCAGGUAUCAGCAUCCACAGUUCCAGCACAGGUGGGCGACAUCAAGACAGAAGACAUACCUGGUCCUGAAGUUCUAAUUAAUCCAGGGCGCAAGGACGGGCAGCAGAAGAUGGUGCGGCAGGGUGACAAGAUCGAGCUGUACCAGUGGGAUGCAGCCAAGGCCAGCUGGACCAAGAUUGGGGACGUUGUUGGCUCGAGUGGGGGGUCACAACAAACUUCAGGGAAGACGCUCUACGAAGGCAAGGAAUAUGACUAUGUGUUCAGCGUGGACAUCCAGGAAGGAAUGCCACCUCUCAAACUGCCAUACAACAUCACGGAAGACCCAUGGUUUGCCGCACAGAGAUUCCUGGAAAAACAUGAACUCAGUCAAAUGUUCCUCGACCAGGUAGCCAAGUUCAUCACAGACAACACUAAAGGAGUGACCCUGGGUACAGAGAAUCCAUCAUACUCUGACCCAUUCACCGGUGAAGGACGUUAUGUCCCCGGGUCAGGUGCGGCACCUGGAGCUGGAGCUGGAGCAGGAACUGGAGCCACCCAUGGAGCUGACCCCUUCACUGGCUCUGGCAGUUAUAAACCAGCUGGCAGCAGCAGCAGCAGCACCACCACCACCUCCACCACUACCUCCAGCAACUCCUUCUUCCCAAUCACAUCCUUCCUCACAUUCGACCAGGCCAACCCCACACAGAUUUUAGGCAAGAUAAAGGAGUUCAACGGGACAGUUGGAGACAGCUUCAAGGUGCCAGACUCCAGUAUUGAUGACUUGGCAUCUCUCAUUGAGGGUCAGUCGGCCUCUCAACAACAGCUGCAGACAGUGCAGAGGUUGCUAUCCUGGCCAGCAAAUGUGGUGUUCCCGGCUCUAGAUGUAGUGAGGGUAUGUGUGAAGCAUCCCCAGGUCAACCAGGUCUUCAGCAACCAAGCCUCAGUACAACAACUGAUUUCCUUCAUCAACCCUGACAAACCACCUGCCUGCCAGAUGCUGGCUCUGAGAUGCCUAACCAACAUGUUCUCCCAGUCGCAGGGUAGAACAGCUUUAUGUGAGAAUAGAGACACUCUCUUAGGAUCUGCAUUGACCUGCAAGAAAACCAACAAGAAUGUACAGAUAGCCAUUGCUUCUGUCAUACUGAACUACACAAUUGCUCUUCGUGGAACAGAGGACAUUGAAGGGAAAUCACAAUGCCUCUCUGCAGCUCAAAGUAUUCUCGAAGCCUCACCAGACCAUGAAGCAAGUUUUAGAAUCAUUGUGAGCAUUGGUACGAUCCUCUCUGGAGAUGAGGAAGCAUUAGCACUAGCUCAGUCUCUGGACCUUCAGAAUCCCAUAGUCAGGCUAGUGAAACUCACAGAGCCGAAGAAGGUGCCGGAAUGUGCUCAGCUGGUUCUUAACAUUUUGAAAGUUUGAAUGCAUGUUCUGAUGUAAAUGAAUGUGAUAUUUGUAAAGGGAGUGUUCACCUCAAGCAUGGAAUGGAUGAAUAAAGAGGCAUAAGGCCAUAUAACUGAAACUCUAUAGGCUCUGACUGUCAAAUUUAUUUAAGAAUUUACAAUAUAUUUCUGUAUUUGGAGGUACAAACAAUAAGAGCCAGUGUGCCCUCUCAACUCUGUUUAUACCAAUAUAUAGACAAUCAAACAACAUUUAUGUCAACAAUAAGUGGAAAUAACCUUCAACUGCAUUUUAACCAUGAGCAGGAAACUUUUAGAAAACUUUACAAAGUUGAUUAAAUUGAUUGAGCACAAUACAGAACAGCAAAGAAAGUAGUUGUUAUGGAAACAUAAAGCUAAAAGACAUGAUUUGUUGAAUCCAAUGAUUUCUUUGACUUUGGGACGGAUAUGACUGACUGAUUUUGGUUUUACGCUGCUUUUAGCAAUAUUUCAGCAACAUCACGGCGGGGAAACACCAGAAAUGGGCUUCACACAUUGUACCCAUGUAGGGAUUCGAACCCGGGUCUCAGCGUGGCGAGCCAAGACUUUAACCGCUAGGGUACCCCACCACCUCGAGAGGGAUAUGAGACUUCCUUGGCUGGUAACAGUACAUAAGUAAUCAGUUUGGUUCGUCUGAUAAAAGGAAUGUAAUAAGUUAGGUUAAGCUUGAUUAACUAUCAUUGUACUACAUGUACAUUAUAUGCAAUGUUUUCACAACAGGACCUGGUUAAUAGAAGCUUUGUAAAUGGCUUUUUAACAGAAGGAACAUUUAGAGACAUUUGUGUAAAAAUUAAUUGAAUAAAUAUUUGUUAUCA